AGAAAUCAAGCCAGAGUAAAAGGAAAGUCAAAGAAAGAGAACAUCAAGUGCAAGAUCAGCGUUCCUGCUAGACUAAAUGAACUAGUCACGGCUGACGGCUGACGGCUCGUUCCUCUUCGCCUGCGUUACUAGUCUGAUUGGAUGACAAGCCAGCUUCGACUGAGGCUGUGGAGUGGAAUUCCGACUGUCAGCCUCAUUGAAUGCUGCGGCUGAGGUCGUCCCCCUUUUCCGCCGAUCGGCCGUUGCCUAGAUAUAUUCAGCUAAGGGUACGGUGCGUGGAGAUCUCAGCCUUACGAUCCGCUAUGCUAUCCACGACCACACCCACCCUCACCAUGAAACCAACGCGUACAGAUCGCCAAAGGGCAGGCGGGAAGCGAUCACGAACGGGAUGUCGUACCUGCAGAGCGCGUCAUAUCAAAUGUGACGAGGCCCCGGGCUCGUGUCAAAACUGCACAUCCAGCGGCCGACGCUGCGAUGGCUAUGAUCUUUAUCGGCUACCCGUCAAGGGGAGGACGGUGAAGGGCCCUACAACACAGGUCCAGGUGGAGAUCCUCAAUGGCUUUCGCUGGAAGAUGACCUCGGACGAGCGGCGGUGCCUCUCAUAUUUCCAAAAUCACACCAUCCCCACCCUGCUCGGUCUUUUCGAUUCAACCCUAUGGGAAAAGCUGGUCUUUCAGAUCUCUCAGUCUGAGCCAGCCGUAUACCAUGCGGUGGUCGCCCUCAGUGCGAUUCACUACGACUCUGAAGCCAAGGGGAUGCUGUUGCCCAUGGACCAACCGCGAAAUACAUGGCAUCAGUUCGCUCUGGAGCAGUUGAGCCGCGCUUUUAAUCUGUUGACCAAGCGCCGCACAUCCCAGGAUCCUCGCUUCUGUAACGUCACCCUGGUCUGCUGCCUUCUGUUCGUGCUAUCGGAUCUGCUAUGCGGACAUUAUGAUAACGCAUUCAGCCACCUCCAGAGUGGUAUCCGUAUCCUGCAAGGCCUCCAGGCUCACCGCCAACUGAUCGCACCGACACCUCGGGAGGAGCUGGUCGAACAGAGCCUCGUCGCGGCAUUUGCGCACUUGGAUACCAUGUCCACACAUUUUGGGGUCGGAGGUCCGCUCCUAUGUAUUGAGAAUGAACUGAGCGAUCGUCACAUUGAUAGCGAUUCGCUAAUGCCCUUCCAAAGCCUCCAAGAUGUCCUCCGUGUCUUUGAACCCUACUUCAGCAUGGUAUUUCAGUUUAUUUCUCCCUGUAUGUAUCGCCCACCGGAUCACAUCGGUCCCGACUAUGAGGCAUUGCACCGACAACAGCUCGAAACCUGGUCCCAUUUUAGCCAGUUCAUACGGCAGUUCAAGCAAUUUUACAGCAACAUGUACAAUCGCCUAAGUCGUGCAGAACAGAGAGGGGCCGACCUAGUAGACAUAUGGAUCACAGGCUUAUCGGUGGCGUUAAAAACAUGCCUCGUCGGUGGAGACAUCGCCGUCCUGGAUUGUUAUACCCCCGACUAUCGGAUGGUCGUCAUCCUCACCGAAGCAUUCCUCCAAAAGUAUCCCGAGCGACCGAGUAUCAGCAUUCAAUGUGGCAUCAUUCCUCCCCUCUUCCAUACUGCGUUCGCUUGUCGGGAUUACACGGUGCGGUGGCAAGCCAUGGAACUGCUUUGGUACUGGCCACAUCGCGAGGGGCCGUUCGAUUCCAACUGGUGUGUUUCUUUGGCCUCUCAAACAUUGAAAUUGGAGCUGCAGACCUGUUUGGCGACGGGCCAGCUCCCCGAUGACACGACUCCCAUCGUCACCAAUCGGGCGGGACAGCGUCUAUCAGCCAAGGAACUUGUGGCCAUAAUGACGCACCAUCAGCAAAAGAUGCGCGUGUCUAGUACGAACAGGGCACGCGAUGCAUCUAUGGUUGAUGGUGAAUGGUCUCCGCUGGACCUCCUUGAAAGCGUCAAAUGUAUGUCCCGUUGGUCCUGUGUACGAGCGUUCAACGCCUUCGCUGCUCAGAUGGAAGCCUAUUCCACCAUCGCGGCUUGUUCAGCAGGUUGCGAAUGAGCUCGUUCGUAUAAGCCCUACUGGCAGCACCCGUAACGAGAGCUGCGCGGCCUGGCCACUAAGCAUCAAUUGACGCGCAAGCAGUCAGCUGUAUUCCUUUCUUGCUCUCCUUGUUUCAAAGUCCAGCACUAAAAUCGUAGUUCACACCCUCGAUGUUACUGUGCAAGUCGUCCUGGAGCCCCAAGGCGCAUAGUCGAGGCUUACCAGCUAUCGAGCACACGGAGAGGCGUGGCCCGGGGAGGAUAGAGUCGGGAAGAAGAGAAAGAAGGCGCUGCAGCAGGUUAUGGCGCGUUGAGGGCUCCGGCGACACGGCGUAUAAAGAAGAAAGAAGAAAUAUCCAGUUGCUUCCCUU